ACUGGCAGACAAAAAAGCUUGCCACUAUGCCCAAUCUCAGAACUCAUCUCAGGCAUUGCCAAUGGUUUCUGACAUCACCUUCCUAACAAAACAAAAGUGUAAAUACCAAGUUGCAUCCUUUUUAUUAUGCCAAUCCAAACCCCACCAUUCCAACCUUGUCUUUCCUCUCUGUUUUGUCAGUCAUUAGCAAAUAUCAACUCAGCCUAGCCUAUUUCUGCACACUUCCAUAUUUCAUAAUUCCAUAUAUAGGCUUUCCUCCUCUCUGUUUUGGCAGUCAUGAGCAAAUAUCAGCACAGCCUAUCAAAAAUCCUCUCUCAUAAAUAUUUACUUAUCUCAUAUUCGGAUAUUCCUCAAAAUUUGAGCCCAAAACGAAAUUGAAUCUAAAGAUUUUAGGCAUAUGCUGCUUCUACAAAGAUUCUCUUUCUUCCUUAAAUUUUCAAGACCAUGCAAGAAUCCAUGAAUCUGCUAAUGUCAUCAACCGCUUGCCUGAGUCACCUACCACCGAUUUCCUUUUCAAUUGGGGCAAUCAAAAGGUGUUAAAACACUAGGCUCAUAGCACUCAACACUCUGGCAUCAUCAUAUGUAUGGCCACGUGUCAUGCUCCUAUUGACUACAUAGAAAGUGGACCUUGGCCGUUUCCUCUUUCAGCUACAGUCCCAACAAAAUAGCAACCGGUGGUUUCUGUUUCGUUCUAUUAUUGCUAGAAAGGAAAAAGAGCAACCAAAAACGUGGUCUCUGUGCUUUCCAGGUUCUUAGGAUGGGUUGUUCUUCUCCAGUUCUCUCCUCUCCUCACUUUUCUUUCUUAUUUUCAAGAUUAAGUUCUUGAAUUCUACUGUUUUUAAAAAGAUUUGUCUUCCUUCUUUUUUUUUUUUUUUUCCUUUGCAAGAAACGAGGUUGAUGGAUUGAGAAAGCAUUUAGAAGGAAAAGAUUUUUAUAGUGAGAGCUAGAUUGCACUUUCUAGAUUUGAAAGAAAGAGUGCAUAAAAAGGAAAAUUAAUGAGAGUUUUUCCAUUUUGCUAAAGAAGUAUAUGCUAAAUGCUAAUAUGCAUCUUAAUUAGGCAGCCAAUACAUAUCAUAUUUGGAAAGAGUGGAAGGGUGAAUAAGGAAAGGAGAGAGUUUUCAAAGCUGGAAUUACGUGUAAGCAAAGAAGAUUAUACAUAUUAAUUGAUUGAUUUGUCAUAGCUUAUAGGUUUUGGGUAUACAAUAAAGAAGAAGGAGAAUUGGGUUUGUGUCCGAGCGAAGAUAAGAUUCAAAAUUUUUAGUUGUUUCAGAGAAUGAGAGUGAGGCCGUAAUGGAUUUUUGGCCAGAGUUCCUUGCUAGCAGUUGGGGCAGAGAAUUUGUUGCCGGUGGUUUUGGUGGCAUUGCAGGUAUAAUUUCUGGUUAUCCUCUUGAUACUCUGCGUAUCAGGCAACAACAAAACUCCAACUCUGGCUCUGCCUUGAGCAUCCUCCGCCGCGUCAUCGCCGCCGAAGGGCCUCGUGCACUCUACAGAGGGAUGGGUGCACCGCUGGCAUCAGUCACCUUUCAGAAUGCCAUGGCUUUCCAGAUAUAUGCUAUCCUUUCUCGAGCAUUUGACUCGUCUGUUUCGGUUAAUGACCCUCCUUCCUACAAAGGUGUGGCUUUAGGAGGAGUUGGCACUGGAGCUUUACAGAGUUUGAUGCUUACUCCUGUUGAACUGGUAAAGAUCCGCCUUCAAUUGCAGGACAAAAGUCAUGCAGAACUCCAUCAUAUAGAUUGUCAUAAAGGUCCUAUAAGUGUUGCCAAGAGCAUACUCAGGACUGAUGGUUUAAGAGGAAUUUAUCGAGGCUUUUCCAUCACCGUUCUUAGAGAUGCACCUUCUCAUGGCUUCUAUUUCUGGACAUAUGAGUACAUGAGAGAGCAGCUCCAUCCUGGCUGCAGAAAAAAUGGCCAAGAAAGCUUAAGAACAAUGCUGAUAGCUGGGGGACUAGCAGGAGUUGCAAGUUGGGUCUGCUGCUAUCCAUUAGAUGUUAUAAAAACCAGACUGCAAGCUCAGACACCAUCAUCUCCACAAAAGUAUAAUGGCAUUCUGGAUUGUCUUGGCAGAAGCGUUAAAGAGGAAGGCUACCGCGUGCUCUGGCGCGGUUUGGGAACUGCUGUUGCGAGGGCUUUUGUUGUGAAUGGAGCAAUAUUUUCUGCUUACGAGAUUGCAUUGAGGUGUUUAUUCAACAAUGGAAGCAUUCAAAGAGAGAACACAAUCUAGGAGAAGUAUCUUCCCUAAUUAGGAUGGCUAUCGCCAUUUAUCUGUUAGUAUUAUAAUAUGAAGAGCAGCCAAAGAAUUGCAUAUGGCAUGCAAUCCUUUUUCAACACUGCUCUCACUUAUCUCUAGGUAUAGAAGCAACUGAAUGAACCGGCAAACUGGAGCCCUCCUCUUUUUGCACUAAUGGAGUAUGGGUUAUUUGAGCUUCUGACUAAAUCCACCCAUGAGAAAGUUAAAAUGCAGUUCUCAUUUUGUAUUAUAGCUCAUAGCCAUGUUUGGAGACGAAAACAUAAUGAAUUACUUUGUUCCUUCAUGAGACUUUA